AUGGAGCCCCGAAAUGUGUCCACUGUCACUGAAUUUCAGCUGUUAGGGUUCCAGAACCUUCUUGAAUGGCAGACCCUGCUCUUUGCCAUUUUCCUGCUUGUCUACGUCCUCACCAUCACAGGGAACAUUGCCAUCAUAGCAGCAGUGAGCCAGGACCAGCGACUGCACUCACCGAUGUACACGCUCCUCAAGCAUCUCUCCUUCCUGGAGAUCUGGUACACAUCCACCACUGUGCCUCUUCUCCUGUCCAACCUGCUGUCCUGGGGACAGGCCAUCUCCUUCUCCGCCUGUGUGGCACAGCUCUCCUUCUUUGUGUUCUUUGGGGCCACUGAGUGCUUUCUCCUGGUCGUGAUGGCCUAUGACCGAUAUCUGGCCAUCUGCAGCCCACUCCACUACUCCUUCCUCAUGAGUCCUGACGUUUGCACCAAGCUGGUGGCAAUCCCCUGGUUGACAAGGGUUAGCACAGGCCUUCUGCCUUCCCUGAUGAUUUCUAAAUUGGACUUCUGUGGACCCAACCAGAUCAAUCAUUUCUUCUGUGAUCUGCCUGCACUCCUGCAGCUCUCAUGUUCCAACGUUUAUGUCACCAAGAUGGCCAUCUUUAUCCUGUCAAUUGCUGUGUUGUGCAUUUGUUUUUUUCUGACACUGGUGUCCUAUGUUCUCAUUGUGUCUGCCAUAUUGAGAAUCCCUUUUGCCUCUGGCCGGAUGAAGACCUUUUCCACGUGUGGUUCCCAUCUGGCUGUCAUCACUAUCUACUAUGGGACCAUGAGCUCCAUGUAUGUGUGCCCAGAAGCCCACCCAUCACCUGAAGCCAACAAGAUCAUUUCUAUCUUCUACACCGUGGUCACUCCACUGCUGAACCCGGUUAUCUACAGCUUGAGGAACAAAGACUUCAAAGAAGCUGUUAGAAAGGCCAUGAGAAGGAAAUGUGGUGUCUAUGGAGUAAGAGUGAAAGGAAGCUUAUUUAUUAGGUGA